GACAACAACCUACAAAUCCAGAAUCUGCUCUCCUCACAUUCAUCCCUACUCCCGAAAGAGAAUCAUAAAAACUUCUCUCCCAUCCAUCCACCUAUCACACACAAACCCCCAUGCAAACGAACAAAGCCAUCUGCUGCGUCUGGAUCAUACCUUCUUGAGCAUAGUCACGUCUAUUCGUUUACAUCUUCACGCAAGAGUACAGACUCAAAAUCACUACCUAAGGUUAUACCAAAAUGGCGACUGCAUUUUGCGAGACGCCGCUCAAGUCCCACACGGGACUCUUUUCCUCCCGGACCGCUGGCGGACGGAUGCCGUUGACGCCGUCCCCACGUCAGCGCGCCGUUGCCGUGGCUAUCAAUGUCAACUCAUCGCCAUGCACUCCCGAUGAAACCUAUAAGCCUGCUGGCAAGUCGAGCUACACGUCCAAGCUUGCCGCUCAUCUUGCCGCGAAGCAGCAGCGUGACUCACCCAAGUCGAACAUCGCUCGCGGUGUUUCCACUCCUCGCAAGGCUCUGGAGCUUGGCGUCUCAGACUUCACUCUGACCGGCACAGGUCACCAGGCAACCAAGACCCCCUCCAGCACCAAGACAAGGAAGACUAUUAGGCAGAAGACUUCCAAGACCUCGGUCAGCUAUGCCGCCGGCGACCGCUUUAUCCCCAACCGUACUGCAAGCUCCGCUAUUGCCAACGUCGGCUCUGGCAAGCUGGACAUGCAUGAGAGGCGACCCAAGAGCAGCAGCAGCGAGUCCUCUGGCGUUCUUUCCUCCGCUGCCGACGAGGCGCUUGCCGCCCUCGAGGCGCUCAACAUUGGUGACGAUGAUGACGAAGCUGAGCCUUACUCGCGUCCCUCACCCAAUACUGCAGCAUACCAAAACUCCAUCGCCAACGCCUGCGGAGUUAGCCUCAACACCCGCAUCCUGGAGUUCAAGCCCGCGCCCCCAGAGUCAUCCAAGCCCAUUGACCUGCGCCAGCAGUACAACCGUCCCUUGAAGCCUGCCAGCUCAUCCUCCGCACAAUCUCGCCGCCGCAUUGCCACAGCUCCUGAGCGUGUUCUUGACGCUCCUGGACUGAUUGAUGACUACUACCUGAACCUUUUGGACUGGAGCUCAGGAAACCAGGUCGCCAUUGGCCUGGAGCGCAGUGUUUACGUCUGGUCAGCUGACGAGGGCAGUGUCAGCUGUCUGCUCGAGACCAGCCCGGACACGUACGUCAGCAGUGUCAAGUGGUCGGCAGACGGCGCCUACGUCAGUGUGGGUAUGGGAACUGGCGAGGUACAGAUCUGGGACGUGGCCGAGGGCGCCAAGGUCCGCAGCAUGCACGGCCACGACACCCGUGUCUCCGUCAUGGGAUGGAACAAGCACCUCCUAUCUACUGGUGCUCGCUCCGGCCUUGUCUUCAACCACGAUGUGCGCAUCGCCGAGCACAAGGUUGCCGAGCUUGUCUCUCACACCUCGGAGGUCUGCGGCCUCGAGUGGCGCUCCGAUGGUGCCCAGCUCGCCACUGGUGGCAACGACAAUCUUGUUUCCAUCUGGGACGCCCGUUCGCUCGCCGUGCCCAAGUUCACCAAGACCAACCACAAGGCCGCCGUCAAGGCUCUGGCCUGGUGCCCCUGGAACAUGAACCUGCUGGCCACCGGCGGUGGCUCGUACGACCGCCACAUCCACUUCUGGAACUCGACCUCGGGUGCUCGCGUCAACAGCAUCGAUACCGGCUCGCAGGUCACCAGCUUGCGCUGGAGCCCCCACUACCGGGAGAUUGUCAGCUCGAGCGGCUUCCCCGACAACUCACUCAGCAUCUGGAGCUACCCGACCCUCGUGCGCACCGUCGAGAUUCCCGCCCACGAGAGCCGUGUCCUCCACAGCUGUCUCAGCCCCGACGGCCAGAUGCUGGCCACCGCGGCUGCUGACGAGAGCCUCAAGUUCUGGAAGGUUUUCGAGAAGAAGCCUGGUGCUAGCUCCGCCGGCCUGGGUGCUUCCAGCAAGGCCGACAUGGUCAAGCAGAUGACCAUCCGCUAAGAAAAAGCGACAUUCAACCAGCAUGAGAGAAUGGAAAGAGAAAAAAUCGUCGAUAGAUAGCUGCCAUCACUAUUUCACCGGCACUUUCUUCAAAGAGACGCGAAGAAUCGUCAAACCAAAUCCAGCGGUUAUUACUAAAAGGUAGGUACAUAACGGGCUUGGUUCUUCAAUAAUGAGUUCUUUGGAGCGAAGGGCAUGAACACUCGGGCCGGGGCAUCCUUUUUGGGGCUUUUUGUCUUUUUUCUUCUUUUUUCUCAAUUUGCAAGCGAGGAGUUUCGGGACAUGGGAGGGGAGAGGUUUGAAUCUUUUUGUUGGUUGGCCUCAUACCACGACUCGCUCACUGGGUGACGAAGGUAUUGGCUCUUUCGUACUUUAUUUCCCGUCACGACAUUCACGAGACAUCGAUUGAGUGGACUGGACGAAAUUCAAUUGUUCUGACUUUUUUCUUUGAUGAUGCUGGUAUUCCUUUUAAGAUAUGUAUGUUUGUAAAAGCGUCGUUUGCCUGGACUUCUUUCUUUUUGGGGGGUCGACUAGGCAGUGUUAGUGGGGCUUAUUUCAUAUUUGCGUUGUCGUACUGCUUAUAUAGACUGGCCUGGAGGAAGUAUGUUUCUGGGUUCGCUUGGUGGAAAAGUUUUCGAUAUCGUACUUCAUCUUAGUUUAGGUUGUAGAAUGGCUAAUAGGAAUGUGGUUGUAUAUAUUUGUGGAUGAACUAGAG